GCUCUCCUUCCUCUGCUCGCCUACAGCCGCGCGACCGCGCGACGGAAGUCGCACGCAGUUUCGCGCUUUCCCGCAGCCGGCUGGCCGCGUCGUUCUCACACAGUCUCUAGCAGAAGAGAGAAAAGGAGAAACGUCCGGCCGCGAAAGUCGCAGUUCAUCCGCAGUUCUCGGCUUCGCGAGUGAAUCGCGACGUUUACGCCGCGUGCGCAAUUAUCGUCGAUAUCUCUUGUCGUUCGGGUAGAUUAUAAAAAGCGUGAGUGUUCUUAUCACGCGGCGACUGCUCAACGGGGACAGCGGCGAGCAGAGCGGCACAUCGUCCGUAUUGCACGAACAUGCAUGUCGCGCGUCGUUACGUGAGUCCACGGUAAAAAUGCGACGCUCGCGAUAUCGACGUUGUUAGUUAGCGUCCGGCAGUGCGCGCGUGUCGCGCGAAACGCGGCUCGGACCUCUGCGCGCUGCCGUGUCCUCGUGGUAACGAUCACCGCACGAGGAAGGAAACGAGGGCGGACGGCUUGGCCGACGUGCAAAACGUAUAAAUCUGGUUGUCGGGUGCGCGAUAAAUCAAUCGGUCGUGUACGUUAGUGAAGAGACAGCGGCUUGUUAUCGAAGUUGUCUUGAAUCGAGCGCGCGUGCGUCCGGCAUUUGGCGCACAUAAUCGCAUCUAGUACAGAGCGAGAAGUGAGUGAGUGAGUAAGUGAAUGAGUGAGUGAGUAAGUGAGUGAAUGAGUAAAGUAAGUGAGUGAGUGAGUUAAUAUCGGUGCCUGUUAAUUCCUACGAAGUACUAGGAUGGCCUCCAAGAGAUCCGCGUAAUGGAAGUGACGAUUGCCACCAGGACCAGCGACGGGACGCGGAAAAUGGUGAACGGCGACGAUGACUGGGAAUAUGAAGAGAUAGUUUUGGAGCGGGGAGGCGCGGGCCUCGGUUUCAGUAUCGCCGGCGGCACGGACAAUCCGCAUUACGGCAACGACACCGCCAUUUACAUCACCAAGCUCAUACCGGGCGGUGCCGCGUCCGCGGACGGGCGUCUACGUGUCAACGACACGAUACUGCAAGUGAACGACGUGUCCGUCGUCGACGUGCAGCAUGCGGCCGCCGUAGACGCGCUCAAGCGGGCCGGCAACACCGUCAAGCUGUAUGUACGCCGGCGGAGGCACACGCAGUUGAUGGAGAUCGAAUUGAUCAAGGGAAACAAGGGCCUCGGCUUCAGCAUCGCCGGCGGUAUCGGCAAUCAGCAUAUACCGGGCGACAAUGGGAUUUACGUGACCAAAAUCAUGGACGGCGGGGCAGCCCAGGUCGACGGUCGCCUGGUCGUCGGUGACAAGUUGGUGGCCGUCAGGAACGCUCUGCACGGCGACAAGAAUCUGGAGAACGUGACACACGAAGAGGCUGUCGCGACCCUGAAAGCGACCCAAGAUCGCGUCGUGCUUCUGGUCGCAAAACCGGAACGUGGAAUUAUACCUCCGCCUCCUCCUCCAAUAGCGUCGGACAAUUCUCUCUCGCCUCAGCCACGCAAGCAAAACGGCUCCGUGUCGGCGCUAGAGAACAACACCGCGGCGCUUCCGUACUCGCAGGAGUCACGCCACGCGUCUUCCCUCGCUUUGCACGGCACAGGGACACCACGCGCUGUUUCCCAGGAAGACGUUUCACGGGAGGUUCGCACGGUCGUAUUGAAUAAAGGAUCUUCCGGUCUGGGUUUCAACAUCGUCGGCGGAGAGGAUGGCGAGGGUAUCUUCAUCUCGUUCAUCUUAGCCGGAGGUCCGGCCGAUCUCAGUGGCGAGUUGCGCAGAGGCGAUCAAAUAUUAAGCGUCAAUGGCAUCAAUCUGCGGACAGCCACCCACGAGGAGGCCGCUGCGGCCCUCAAGGGUACCGGUCAGACAGUGACAAUCGUCGUGCAAUACAAGCCUGAAGAUUAUAACAGAUUCGAGGCGAAGAUCCACGAUCUUAAACAACAGAUCUCGCAACAGAAUGUGAUGACAGGCACCCUCAUGAGGACCUCGCAGAAGAAGUCACUCUACGUGAGAGCGUUGUUUGAUUACGAUCCCAACAAGGACGAUGGUUUACCGAGUCGCGGCCUGGCGUUCCGCUACGGCGAGAUCUUACACGUAACGAACGCCAGUGACGAUGAAUGGUGGCAAGCGAGGAGAGUCACCCCUCAGGGUGAAGAGGAGGGUCUGGGUAUAAUACCAUCGCGCAGACGAUGGGAACGCAAGCAACGCGCCAGAGACCGUUCCGUCAAGUUCCAGGGACACAUGCCGGUUAUCCUCGAUAAGCAAUCGACGUUAGAUCGGAAGAAGAAGAACUUCUCGUUCAGCAGGAAGUUCCCAUUCAUGAAGAGCAAGGACGACAAGUCCGAGGAUGGCUCCGACCAGGAACGAACGCCCACAACACCCGAGAAUGAGAACGAUCCCACCCCAUUCAUGCUGUGCUACACCCAGGACGACACUAACACUGAAGAUCUGUCUUGCGUCGCAGGGAGUAAAGAAAUUUUGUAUCGCGUUCAGCUGCCGUAUAUGGAGGAACUCACGUUAGUUUAUCUGGAAAAGGAGGGCGAUGAGCCCAAUGACGACCUUAGUAGCGAAGAGAACGUGUUGUCGUACGAGGCCGUGCAGCAGCUAACGAUACAAUACACGCGUCCCGUGAUCGUUCUCGGACCGCUCAAGGAUCGCAUCAACGACGAUCUCAUCUCCGAGUUUCCCGACAAGUUCGGCAGUUGCGUUCCACAUACGACGAGGUGUAGAAGAGAGUACGAGGUAGACGGACGGGAUUACCAUUUCGUAGCGUCUAGGGAGCAAAUGGAGAGAGACAUACAAAAUCAUUUGUUCAUAGAGGCCGGACAGUAUAACGACAAUCUUUAUGGAACAUCCGUUGCGUCCGUGCGAGAAGUCGCCGAAAAGGGCAAGCACUGUAUUCUUGAUGUGAGUGGAAAUGCUAUCAAGAGGUUACAAGUAGCACAACUCUAUCCUAUCGCCAUCUUCAUCAAGCCGAAAUCAGUCGAAUCUGUCAUGGAGAUGAACAAGAGAAUGACAGAGGAUCAAGCGAAGAAAACGUAUGAACGCGCUCUGAAGAUGGAGCAAGAAUUUGGUGAAUACUUUACUGCCGUCGUUCAAGGUGACACCCCCGAAGAGAUCUACGUGAAAGUGAAGGAAGUCAUCUCAGAACAAUCAGGUCCGAACAUUUGGGUACCUUGCAGGGACCAGCAACUGUGACGUCCUGCCCCCCACGCUCAGCAUGGGCCCAACGCCUGGACCCUGCCGCCGAGGCGUCAAGCUUAAUUACUCACGAUAAAUACAAUUAAGUAACGCUCCGACGCCCUUUCCCAUCCUGUUCCUUCCUCUUAUUCCUUCCACUCCCACCGUGUCCUUUCCAUUACCUACGUAGCACAAGGUUCCCAACUUGAAACACGCGACGCGACGCAGAUCGUCGCGGGAGAUUCGAGCCGAAAACAUACUUAAACCGCGGGCCACACGACACUCAGUACCACCGACCAAACCAACCAAUCUUUAAUCACGCCUUUUUCCUCUUCCCAGCCUCCGCGCGAAAAAUCGAUCUAAUUCUAAGUCGGUCAGGACGCGUGAUUCACACCCCUCCCGAAUUUGAAAUCCGGAAGAUCGCCGCGAAGCAUACGAGGAGAGAGGGUGUAGACAGAAAUUCGUAACUUCGUAUCGCAUGAUCGUCGAUUAUUCGUGUGUGAUCGUCCUUAAUUUUAGAACAAGCAGAUAAAAAGAGAAACUUCGCGAACCGGUGGCGUUUUGUACGUUCACUCGCGCGAAGACACGACUUCCGGGCAUCUCAGACGGUCACGCAACGCCACCGGUUUGCCACCUCGUUCCUCGAGACAAGCCCGACCGAUCCGGGCAGGCCGAAGACCGAAUCGGGCAACUUGGAGGUCUCCUGAAGUCGGAGGAGAACUCGGUCAAGCCGUCGACCGCGCCAAGUGCCGCUUAUUCGGUCGUACUCGAGCGCGGUAUUUUUUAAAGUACUUAAAGGCGCAGUUAGCGUCGAAAGAACGUCGAGCGAAACGGGCUCGGCGCAUGAGAAAAACGACGGUACAACAUGACUAAGGAGAAAGAGUGCGGAUUACUAGUAGUAAAUCGCGAUACGACGUUGUGUAUGUUAACGAACCUCACAAUUUAAAGAAAUAAAAGCAAAAUGAAAAAGCAGAAAAAAAGAGAAAAGAAACCUCACGGGACAAAUCUUUAGAUGUUAGAAACAUAGCGAUAUAUAAUGUUUUGUACAGCUAGAUGAUUAAGCCAGUAACUGGGUUAUGUGCAACAUUAUAUUUGCGUGGAGGCGACGCGACGACACUACAGGAAAGUGGAGAGAACGUGCACGAGAGAAAAAGAACACAAAAAAGCAUUAUUGUAAUUUAAAUAUCACUACUAAAUUAUUACUACGAUAGUAGAUAUGUAUUAUUGUAAAUACACAUGAAUUCGCGUGUGUGUGUGUGUCGAGACGGAUCGUAAGCAGAAGCAAGAAAAGUAAGAGAGCCCGGCGAGAGGAAGACACGCACGUUACUCGACUGCGCGAUGUCUCCCGGCUUCGCGGCGAGACGACGACGACGACGAAUUGUCACGGGCGACCUGUCGAUUCCGCUCCGGUAGAAACCUUCGGCGCAAAUGUACACAUGUUACACCGAAAAUUCGCACGUUACGCGCACUGUACGUUAAGUUAUACAAAGAAGCGGCUCGUUUACGUCGCUUAGUGCCUUAACGUGCUGCGCUGGACACCGGAGACAUCGGUGGUCCGCGUCGACGAGACGUCGUAAUCUGGCUCGCGUGAAUCUUCGACGGAACCGGACUGCGACUGGUUGUAGAAAGAGAAAAGGAGAGGAAGAGAAAACCGACGCUCGAUACGAUGUACUUACGACGGCCGUGGAAGAAUCACGUAAGGCGCAAACGGACAAAGGCACCGCGCUCGCGAGAGAAAGAGAGAGAGAGAGAGAGAGAGAAAACGCAGAUUCGAUCGGAUUCCAGUUACGGAUCUGGAAUCAUUUCGUCGUACACAAUCUGAGUGCGAACUCUUGAGAUUUUUUCAGCCAGUAAUUCGCAAACCCGAGUGGCAACUCUGGAUUACGUAAAGAUACCGCCUCCCUUAACUCCGCUUUUAGCUUUCAUUCGUUCGCGGGGCCAUGAGAACGCGUGCAUCGCUUCGUCCCCGCGGCACUUUGUCCGUUUGCUCCUUCCGUUUCCGUAUAGCAUUAAUCGCGCAAACGUAUGAUGAUAGAGAAUCCUUCCCUCCCCCUGAUGGAACGCGAGCAGAGAAAAAUCGAAUUGCUAUACACGAGGUGUCAUUACGGCGAUUUAAUUGUAAUAUAGUUGUAUCUGCAUGUAUAGCUGUCGUGACACAGUGACAUUUAGUCGCGGUCACAGAGAUAAUAAUGAUGAUGAUAAUGACGAUGAUGAUAAUGACGAUAGUGACACUGAUGAUGAUAACGAUGAUGAUAAUGAUGACGAUGAUACAGCGCAGUGCGAGCAAAGGGGGGCCGCGAGGUCCCAAACACGCGAUGAUCGCUUCUGUCACCCGGAAUAGAGCCGAACGUUUCUUUCCCCACCCCUUGCCCCCUCCCUCUUAUUUCGUAGUAAUGUUUACGCAGGGAAUGAUAAUCUCGCGCGGACGACACGCUUUCGAGCUAUUUUUUCCUACCGCGAGUCCUAGAAUUAUUAUUAAGCGCGCGACUGCGAGAUGGAGCGAGAUGAGUGUGACGAGGUACGAAGUGAGACGAGCUUCAGCUUGUGCCUGAAGGACGGAGGGCCUGGCUUCGCCGAGUUGAAAGACGUCUAUCUCGAUGUAAAAGACCGUAUAAAAGAGAAUAAUUAUCGCAGAUACCUAUUAUACACCUCUAUAGUCUAUUUAAUAAUAUUACUUAUUGAAUUGUCAAAAUCUCAUGUUCACACCUUGUUUCAUCGUUUUUAAAUAGUUAAUAAACGUUUUACCAAUUUUAA